CGUCGUGGCGUGAAGGAGGUCCAGAAGUUCAUCAACAAGGGCGAGAAGGGGAUCACAGUGCUGGCCGGCGACACGCUGCCUAUCGAUGUGUACUGCCACAUCCCGAUCAUGUGCGAGGACAGGAGCAUACCCUACGCAUAUGUCCCUUCCAAAUCGGCUGGAAGUCAAGGGGAGGAAUUUGGUGUCAUUGGCACUUCUCCCCAGUACGGGCAGCUGGGUGAGAGAGUGUGGGACGUGAGGCAGCUGCCAGCCCCCGCGCUGGCCCAGCGCUGCGCUCCUGCGGGUCGGGG